UUGCAUCAAGAGACAGGGUGGCCAGAGGAGAGCAGGAAAAGGAAGGAGGGAGGGUGGAACAAAACAAGAGGUGAUGAAGAAGAGGGGGAUGAUGAGGAACGUAAGAAACAAAUAAGCUGACAGUGGAGGGAGGAGAAAUAAGGAGGAUGUUUGAGUGAAAGUUGACAGACUCGAGUGAGGAGAGGCCGAAAAGAAGAGUGAUGAAGAGGAGGAGCACAGGGUGUUGUCACAGAUAAAGGAGCUGCACAAUGGUGCGAUGAGAGAAGCUGCUUGAGCCCAGCAGCAUCAGGUCACCAGCUCUCCUCAGCUCUGGAUGAUGGAUGGUCUGGAGGCUGCAGAGCUCUGCUACCCUCAGCUCCUCAACUCCUCCUGCAGGCGAUCUACUCGUCCUCGCACGGAGGCCCUCCUCCUCUACGCGCUGCUCUCCUCCAUCACCGUGCUCACGAUAGCCCUCAACCUGCUGGUCAUCAUCUCCAUCUCUCACUUCCGCCAGCUCCACACCCCCACCAACCUGCUCCUGCUCUCCCUGGCCGUCUCAGACCUCCUCGUGGGGCUGCUGGUGAUGCCGGUGGAGAUGGUGAGAGUCAUAGAAAGCUGCUGGCGGCUGGGCGAGGUCAUGUGCGCCCUGAUCGACAUCAUCAGCUUCACUCUCACCUCGGCCUCGGUGGGGAACAUGGUGCUCAUCUCCAUCGACCGCUACGUGGCCAUUUGUCACCCUCUGCACUACAACAACAAGAUCACCCGCAGCAGGAUCGAGGUGUGUGUGUGUCUGUGCUGGGCCUGCUCGCUCCUCUACAGCGGGCUGAUCCUGAAGGACCACCUCAGGCAGCCAGACAGACACAGCUCCUGCUACGGGGAGUGUGUGGUGGUGAUCAACUUUGUCUCCGGUGCGGUCGACCUGGUGAUCACUUUCAUCGGCCCGAGCUCGGCCAUCGUCCUACUGUACAUGAGAGUGUUUGUUGUGGCGGUGUCUCAGGCGCGUGCCCUGCGGUCUCAUAUUACAGCUGUUGCAGGCGGUUCAGUGACGGUCACGGCCAAGAGGUCAGAGAGGAAAGCAGCCAGGACUCUGGGUGUGGUCAUACUGGUGUUUUUGAUUACCUUCUGUCCGUACUAUUACCCGUCUCUUGCGGGAGAGGACACCACAAACAGUGCGUUAGCUUGGCCCAUCGUGUCCUGGCUACUGUAUUUUAAUUCCUGUUUGAAUCCACUCAUUUAUGCCUUUUUCUAUCCCUGGUUUAGAAAAUCAAUCAAAAUUAUUGUCACCCUAAAGAUAUUGAAACAGCAUUCCUCUCAGGAAAGUGUACUAUUAAGUCAGAGCAUAAACACAGCCCAGGUGUGA